AUGCCAAGGACACUCCCUUGGCUUACUGGCGUCGUGAAAGCCGAACGAAAGUCAAAUUCACCAACACCAGAGAUCAAGCGCACGUCAAGUCCAAGAGGCAAAGAUGAAACUCCAAGCAGGAAACAGCCCGCUAAAUCAAGGCGCGACUUUUUUAGAUCCUCUCCGAGCCCCCCGUCAUCACCUAUCCACAGUUGCCCUUCUGAGGAAUUCCUCAAAGAAGGCCUCGACAAGGAUGACAUUUACAUAAUGGUCGAAGACGAAUUCUACGCCGUCGCGCAAACCUUCACCCAACACCUCCACUACGCGGAAUACAUACGACGCGGGCGAGAAGCGAAGCUUCAGAAUGCCGCGAAGAUCGAAGACAUUGCGAGACCUACGGAUGGGGUCACGCCCAUGAGCGAGGCGCUGAAGAAGAAAUAUGCGGCCGAGGAUCUGAGAGCUCGGCAGAAGGACGGGGCAGAUCGGCUGGACGAAAAUGGUACACCUGAUGGCGAUGAGAAAGAUCCGCUGGGAGAGGAUAUUGAGGAGGAGAAUUCGUGGACUGGUACGCAUCUGCAGGAUCUCAUGUUGAGUCCGAGACGAGUACGGUCUUUGGUGGGCCUACAGGGUAUUCGAUCUUCGACUCGGGCGGCUGCGGGGUUUGCACAGGCGCGUGGUUCUGGUAGGAAAGCGAUGAAUGGCGGUGGUGGUCAAGUAGAGAAAGUUGAAAAGGAGCCUUCCUUACCGGAUGAGACUACUGAGGACGAUGAUGAUGAUGACCUAGAUGCGAUGGUACCUCGACCCGUUCCUGCAGCUUCUCGAUGGUCUACGACGGCACCUAAAUUGCGCCCAGCAAUACCUGCAACUAAACUGCUUGCGGCGAAACCGAUCGCUCAACCCGCGUCUAAGGCAAUUCGUUCCACUGACGACACCAAGAACAAGUCACAUGAGUUAAAGUCUGAGAACAAGAUCGCAGCUAAUACGCAAGCGAAGAGAAGAACGAAAUUUGACGAUUUCGACGGAUUUACCCCAACACCUACUCCAACAACAGACGUUACACGCGCCGACAAUAGCCGUUCAAACACUGCUCAAAUUACUCAAACAAAGAGGCGACGGGCAUUUGAUGACUUCGACGAGCUUCCGGAACUCCGCAAGCCUAGCGAACAACCUCAGAGACGGCAAUUUGGUUCUAACAACGCCAAACAGAUGAAACCCAAAGAUAAAGAUACAGGAACGAAGAAAUCGAGGCUUAAUGAAGUCCCGACUUUUCUAAUAUGA